GGUUAUCCGUACUUACGGACCCUUUUAUCGUUCUCUUUUGGCCGGACCUUCAGCUAGCAAGGUGCCCGAGAGCUGUGACUGCACCGAGGGCUAACAUAUUGUGUGUUGUCUCUUCGUGUGCAGGACCAAUAAACAUGAUUCAACCAUCAUAAUUCCAGUUGUGGCAGUGUCCUGAUUAAAAGUACACAACGCAGAACGAACCACGCUACAAACUGGUGCCGUGACCUGCCGACUGGUCAGCUCAAGCCGACCCCCGGGAGCUGUGCAUGUGGCUGAGGUGCACGACCUGCGCAUGCGCAUUUGUUGAUGGUUUGCUGUAAGCUAAUAUAUACUGUGAACAGUGAAUGUGAGUGUAGCAUACUCAUUAGAUACAGGUAUUCGUGCUUAUUUGUAUGUUUUUGAUGAAUUUGUUUAUUGCAACAAAAAAAAAUGUAUUUGAAUGCAGUAAAUUACAUUGUAUUUUAGUGCUCUGUUGAGCCAUGGAAGACUCUCAAGUCCACAAAUGUAGUUAUGCUGGGGAUUUUAGUGUGGGUAGAGGGAGGGGUGUCCUUGCAUUUACACCACUUGUACAGUCAGCUCCUGGGAGUAGAGCGUUUGCUAGUCCUGAGUUUGCAAGCGCUGGGAGGGGUAGGCUGUUUGUUCCACCUGACCAGGGUAUCCCACCUCUGUCUUUUGAUGUACCGUCAUCCACAGUCCUCAGUGAUAAUGGGACGCCUCCGAGUCAGCUUAGUGACAUUAUUAAGCAGAUUGGUUCAGAGAUAGGUGAAUCUAUCAGAGCGAGUUUACUGCAGUCUGGGGUUUCAAGUCUUGCUCCUGCCUGUCCCCCUCACCAACCCCAGCAGUUUCCCCUGCCUGAGCAGUGUGGGUCAACCUUUAUUGAUGCGUCCAAGCUGAAUCUGGUUGUGAAGUCCGAUGUUAGUCCUCCACCUUUCUUUAGGGGUGAUGGCUCAGAUAAGUACUCUGUCCUGGAGUGGGAGGAGUUAAUGGGAGUCUACUUAGAGAAGAGGGGUUACACUGGGUCUGAGAAUGUUGGGGAGGUGAUGUCUAGGCUCAUGGGGAGGGCACGGGAUGUGACCAAAGUCUGGAUGCGUAACAACCCUGUAGUCACAGAUGUUAAGGCGGUGUUCAGUGUUCUCAAGCAACACUUUGGGGAUACUGUCUGCUCAGGUAUGCCAUUAGCUGAUUUCUAUUCAAUCAAACCAUAUGCUAAUGAGGGUCCAAUAGAUUUCUGGAUUAGGCUUAACAAAGCUGCAGAGGCAGCCAAACAGUACCUUGUGAGUGAGGGCAGGACCCUACCCAAUGAGUGCUCAGAGUUGGCAGUCAUGUUUGUACGCAACUGUCCUGAUAAAGAGUUGGCCCAAGUGUUCAAGAGCAAAGCCCUUCGUGACUGGACAGCCAGUGAGGUACAGAAUCAGUUGGAUGAACUGUUAAGGGAACGUAAAGCAUGUAGAACACAACUUUCACAGCAGGUGGCUGCCGUCUUUGACUCCCCCCAGGAGGGAGUGGGUCCUGUGAACAGACCUAAGGUGUCAUCCUUUUCUCAAUGUGGCCGUGAACCAGACCAGGCACCAUCUAUAUCUGAGGUUGAGACAUUAGAGAAGGUUUUGACUUUGUUAGAGAAGGCUCUGGUCAGCAAUACUCAGUCUGUGAACAGAGGGCCCCGUAAACAGUUCCACAAACGUCAGCGUGAGUGCGCCGUCUGUGGAAGCACUAAUCACUGGACCAAAGCUCACUGUCAGAUGCACCAGCUGUGCUUCAAGUGCUUCUCUCCGGGCCACAUGAGCUUUGACUGUAGUGAGGCUGGGCAGCGACAGAGCCCUGGAUGUGGACAGACUGGCAGGUCUCAGGAAAACUAGAAUGCCUCCAUUCUGAGGAGGGCAAUGUGGGGCAGUCUUAUUUUUCCUCCACUGAUGAUGAUAUCCAAUCUGUUUAUUCUUACUUUUGUGAGUCAGUACCCAAGAACAACACAGUCAUUUUUCAGAACACAAUGAGAAUUACGCAGAAUGACAGUUUGUUUUACACCUCCGUGCUAGUACAGGAUAAAGUUGAGCUGAAGGGGAUGUUAGAUAGUGGGUCCAUGGCUACUACUCUGCGCGCAGAUAUUGUACCUCGGUUGAGGGAGGCAGGAGUGGUAGAGGGGAACUUUCUAGCUCCUUCAGACAUCAUCCUGGUGGGUUGUGGUGGGAAGCAAACUAGCCCAGUGGGCAUGUGUGAUUUAAAAAUGCAGCUUUAUGGUUUCAGCUAUGUUGUCCCAGUGCUUAUUGUAGAUGGGCAGGUUGAUGAACUCAUUGUGGGCACUAAUGUGUUGAAGUCUUUGAUUAGACAGUUCAAAUCAAAUGACAGCUACUGGCGGGUGGUGGGUACACCAGGUUCCUCUAGCCAGUGCGAUGACAGCCACUUCCUGCGUCUUCUGUCAAAUCUGGAGAGAUGGAGAGGAGACUCUAUCCCAGAUAAAGUAGGCACCAUUAAGUUGAAGAGGGCAGUAACACUCCAACCCAUGAGUGAGCAUCUGGUGUGGGGCCGCCUACCCCCAAAGACAAAACUUUCUGUGGGCAGUACUGUUGUUGUCGAGCCCAGCACGUCUCGUUGUGUGAAUCGACACAUACUAGUGGGGAGAGUAGUUACGCCUCUGUGGGGGGAUGGAUGGCUACCUGUGAAGAUAGUGAAUCCAACAACAUCACCAGUUACCCUGAGACGAAAUGCUAAAGUGGCGGAUGUGUAUCCUUGCAUUGCAUUAGAGGAUUUUGAUGAUGUCAAGCAGCAAGCAGCUUACCAGAACGUGGCUAAAGUUCAAUGUGACAGCUCACACGGCAGUCUGACAGCUAAGAGUUCAGUUGGUGGCAGUGUAGUUCAUGGCAACAGUACACUGAGCAAUCUUGGACUUCAAGGCCUGUCUGUUGAGGAGUGUCCAGUUUCACAGUUCUGGAAGGAUAAACUUGUCAAUUUAAUUGGGAAGUAUGACACAGUGUUCUCUAGACAUAGCCUAGAUUGUGGUGAGGCAAAGGGGUUCUGCCAUCGCAUACGGCUAACUGAUGACCGCCCAUUUCGAUUACCUUAUCGUAGGCUUUCUCCAGCUCAUUACCAAAAACUCAGGGAAACACUGGAUGAUAUGGAGGAAAAGGAAAUCGUCAGAAAAUCCAGCAGUGAGUAUGCCUCACCUUUGGUGCUGGUAUGGAAAAAGAAUGGGGACUUGCGCCUAUGUACUGACUUUAGGUGGUUAAAUGCACGCACUGUAAAGGACGCUCAUCCCCUGCCUCAUCAGGCUGAUGUACUGGCCGCGCUGGGAGGUAAUGCCUUCUUCAGCACAAUGGACUUGACGUCAGGGUAUUAUAACGUGCCACUGCAUGAAGAGGAUAAGAAAUACACUGCCUUUUCCUCUCCUUUAGGUCUGCACGAGUACAAUCGGUUGCCUCAGGGCCUAUGCAACAGCCCGGCUACGUUUAUGAGAAUGAUGCUGACCAUCUUUGGUGACCAAAACUUUCUAAGUCUCCUUUGUUAUUUGGAUGAUCUGAUGGUUUUUGCUAAGACUGAGGAAGAGAGUCUGCAGAGACUUGAGAUGGUUUUUCAGCGGUUGCAGGAGCACAAUCUUAAACUGUCUCUGUCUAAGUGCAAGUUUUUGAGGAGGUCUGUUAAGUUUUUGGGUCACAUCAUUUCUAGGGAGGGUGUAGCCACUGACCCUGCUAAAGUUCAAACUAUUUUGAACGUGACUGAGAGCGAGAUGAUGGAAGCUGAUGGUGUCACUCCGUCUCCUAGCAAAAUCCGUUCUUUUCUUGGUAUGGUAGUAUACUAUCAACACUACAUUGAGAAUUGUUCCAUGGUUGCUAGGCCGUUGUUUCAGCUAACUACAGGUCAGAAGAAGCCUAGGGGAGGCAAGGGUAGGAGGAGGCCUGGUCCCUCUCGCAGGCUCACUGCUGCAGACUGGACUGCCGAAUGUCAACUCGCUUUUGAAGCUUUGAAAUCAGCACUAGUUGACCAGGCACUGCUGGCUCAUCCAGAUUUUUUCUCAGCCAUUUUUACUUUCUGUGGAUGCAUCUACUAGUGGUUUGGGAGCUGUACUAUCCCAAGUGCAAGAUGGGAUGGCAAUAGCCAGGCCAAUAGCUUUUGCUAGUAAAUCUCUUAAUCAUGCACAAUCCAAGUAUCCUGCUCACCGGCUGGAAUUUCUAGCCAUGAAAUGGGCCAUUCAUGAUAAAUUCAGCCAUUGGCUGCGAGGGCAUAAGUUUACUGUGUGGACCGACAACAAUCCACUCAAAUAUAUUCUUACAAAGCCGAGACUUGAUGCAUGCGAGCAGAGAUGGGUCGCAAAGCUGGCACCCUUUGACUUUGAUAUCCAGUACAUACCAGGUCCCAAGAAUGUCGUUGCUGAUGCCUUGAGCAGAGAGCCAUUUGUUCGCUCCACAGUUUUGCACCGACUGACAAGAAUCCCAUAUGAUGUCCUGCUGGAGGAAACCAGAGGUCUUCGAGUGGGUGAUGUUCAAGACAUGUUCCGCCUCUCCUGUGAACAGCCCGAGGCUGGCUGUGGAACGUCUAUGGCUCCUGGGAGUGAGUUAAGUAGAGCUGGAGACGAUGUCAGUGGGUUGGUUUCCUGUGAAGAGGUGUCUGCUGUCCUCCAUGCUCACCGCCGAUGGGAUGAUGGUGCCACGGUGAGGGCCAUUUCACACGCGCAGCACCUUGAGAAGUUGAUGUCCAUGGGUCAGAGCCCUUUACCUGUCUUUACACACAAGGAGCUGUAUGAUAACCAGUCACUGGAUCCUGUCAUCAGCAGAGUCAUGUUCUUUGUAGAUAGAGGCCGGCGCCCAUCUAGGAGAGAGCGAGUCCUUGAAGCUAAUGAAACAGUUUAUACUCUAAGACAGUGGGGAAAACUCACCACGCGGUUAAGGAUUCUGUAUCGUGUCUCAAAACACCCAGUGAGUAAGAAGAAAAUAUUCCAGUAUGUUGUACCUGUGUCUUUGAGAGGCCUUGUGUUGAAGGGAGUUCAUGAUGAUGAUGCUGGUCAUCAGGGUCAGCAGCGCACAUUGUGGCUUACGAGACAGCGGUUUUACUGGGACUCUAUGGAAAAGGAUGUCAAGGAAUACGUGGCCCACUGUAAGAGAUGCGUGUUGAGUAAAGCACCUGAGCCUGAAGCAAGAGCUCCACUUGUCUCCAUUGUGACAAUGGCACCUUUGGAACUUGUGUGUAUUGAUUUCUGGACUGCAGAAGAUUCAAACAACAAGUCUAUUGAUGUGUUAGUAGUGACUGAUCACUUUACUAAGCUGGCAUGUGCGUAUCCGUGUCCAAACCAGUCUGCUAAGACUGUGGCUCGUGUUCUCUGGAAUAAUUUCUUUUGCGUUUAUGGGUUCGCUGAUUGUAUCCAUUCUGACAGGGGUGCUAACUUUGAAAGUUCACUUAUUGCAGAAUUACUUCAGUUAUCUGGUGUUGGAAAGUCCCACACCACACCUUAUCAUCCCAUGGGGAACGGUCAAGCAGAACGUCUAAAUCGCACGCUGGGUGGGAUGAUUAGAGCUCUGCCAGCUAGGUCCAAGGCUAAAUGGCCUCAGAUGUUGAACACAUUGACAUUCUCCUAUAACUGCACUGUUCACGAGACUACUGGGUUUCCGCCCUUCUUCUUGAUGUUUGGACGCACCCCUAGGCUGCCAGUAGAUGUUAUGUUUGAAAGUGUGCUGUUGGAUGGGGACACGGUCGAUGUGGAUAAGUAUGUCCAGUCUUUGGGUGAGGAUCUGAGAGAAGCCAUGACAUUGGCUCAGCAGCAUGCAAGUAAGCAACAAAAGAGACAAGCCGAGGUCUACAACAGACGGUCGAAGGGUCAUUCGGUAGAGAAGGGAGACAGAGUUCUACUUGCUAACAAGGGAGAGAGGGGCAAGAAGAAACUGGCUGAUCGCUGGGACAGUGCGGUGUACAUAGUUGUUGCGAAGAACAGCUCACUGAACACAUAUCGUAUACAGCACCCUACCACUGGACGCAUCAAGACGGUGCAUAGGAACCUGAUUAUGCCAGUCAACUUUCUGCCUUUGCCUUCUUGGGAGGAACCUGAGAGUCACGGAUAUCUAUCGAGUGGUGACGUGUUCUCUGAGAUGUCUGCAGCGUCCAGCAAAAUGGAUGGGAGUGACGCAAGGACUGUCCACUGGGUAGCAAGCCUUCCUGAGUCUUCUGGGAGGAUAUUCCAAGAGGAUGGUGUAGUCCCAGUUGAUGGAAGUGAAGUGGAACGGCCAUAUGACGUCCCCUUGAGUGAGGUGUGCUCAGUAGAAGUGGACCAGAGAGAGAUCCCCAAAGCCUACAAGAGUUCUGAUGGCAAAACUCCAUUCAGUGGGGAUGGUGCUGUAACAGAUGUUGUUAACUUGGUUGAAGAUGCUUUGUCAGUGUGGUCUGUGGCAAUCUACCAGGAUUCUGAUCAGUCGUCUGACACUACUAGUGUUGAGUCUGUAACUGAAAGUGUGCUGGCUCCGGAUAGGCCGAGUUGUAGUAUUCCCCAACCUGAGGUUAGACCUCUGAGCACGGUUAGUGCUGUCCGUGACAUUCCUGCUAGGUUUUUGGGUGAGGGUGUUCGGACUAGACUAGGUAGAUUUAUUAAGCCAGUGAAUAGGUUAAUCCAAACUAUGUCUACACAGGAAAUGAAACCGUUCUUGGUUUCUCAGUGACGGUAGGAUAUUGCCUACCUUUUCAUUUUUUGGGGUGUAUAUGGUCAUCUAACUGGGUCUUAGAGUGAUUUGUGGGUUGGUCUAAUAUUCUUGACAAUUCAUGUAACUUUGUGUGUAGUUCAUCAGCAUAAAAUGUAUUUGGCAUUUUUUGUAUACGGUUGAAUAAGGGAUUAGCUACCUCUUAUUUUUCCUAAUCCUUCGCGGGAUAGCUUUCCAGCUGAUCGACCAUUUGUGGGUCUAGAUUUAAGGGUCUACACUGGGUUACUCCGUCGCUCUGUGGGUGUGAAUUUUUUUUUUUUCUUUCUUUGCUUUGUUACCUUAGAGGUAAUGUGUUUUGUUUUGUGCCUAUAAUCUAGUGUAAAACAGUGGGGGUGAAUGUAGUAGA